UAGUACACACGUGUGUUUCAUGCAGGCUUGAAGGUUAAAGAAGCAGCUGCCGGUAGGUUUUGGGUCCGCUGUCUGCAGGAGAGGGUCACCUGGACGGCUUGUUUGUGUGGUUGAGGUCCGGCGAGAGCAACACUGAAGAAGACAUGGAUCCCAUGAAGGCACAGCAACUAGCGGCAGAGCUGGAGGUGGAAAUGAUGGCUGACAUGUACAACCGAAUGACCAAUGCUUGCCACAGGAAGUGUGUACCACCACAUUACAAGGAGGCAGAGCUGACAAAAGGCGAGUCUGUGUGUUUGGACCGCUGUGUGGCCAAAUACCUGGACCUUCAUGAGAAGCUGGGACGCAAGCUGACAGAGCUUUCUGUGCAGGAUGAGGAGAUGAUGAGGAAGGCAGCGGUUGGCAGUGGAUAGAGACGCUGAUGAAAGAAGAGAGGUGGAGCAUCAUCGGGGAUUUCAAGGCUUUGGGGUGGGACUGGCAUACUUGGUUUCUCUCAGAUGAGAGACUAGUGUUUUAACUAGGGGGAGGGUUUUGUUGAUAUAUAAAAGUAAUGUUGGACAUCUUCAGCAGAAAGGGGGACACUGGAUGCAGCUGGUGGAAUCACUGAGCAACAUGAGGACAUUGAUUAAUUGCUCAUAGCAGUCCAUGACCUUCUCUGGAUAGGUUGGAUAAAUAUUACAUUCAGCUUGGCUUGGUUCUCCAGAAGUCACAUAGCCCCCAACUGAAGAGGAGAAGGGCCUGGACCCAUAAUAUCAUUUCUGAGUCAUGCUUUGUGCUGUUUUUGUUGCUCAGAGCGUGAAAAUGCUUUGACUUCCACAGAAAUUCAGACACUUCACUGAGGUAUCAACCAUCUUAUACUCUGUGUAGGUCAAAACAGAAACUUAGACAAAUUGCUAUUCAGUCUUUGUUCCCAAAUCACCCUUAUUUUUAUUUUCAAAAGGUUCUAACAGAAUAUAAUAUUCAGUUAGAAAUACAUAACAAUUACUGGAUGUUUGUUCUGCUAACGAUAUAGGUGCAUCAGUUUCGUGCAAAAUCAUGAAAUACAUUGAAUCAAAUUAACAGAUAAGGAUAAGGCCAUGCUAAGGAUCAUCUCUGGCUGAUGCCAAAAUGUCUUUUUAUACAAGACACUAUGCAGUUUACUUUCUUUCAGCUGUAUGAUGCUGUGUUGGCUCUUUGACAAGAACUCGGAUAAAGUCUUUCAACCAGGCCAUUCUGGUUGCAUGGACUUGUGUAAGAUGGACUGAACUUUGCUGGUUUGUCAUGCUUGUGUUGACUGUGUUGUCAUAUAUGUCAGUGGACCAUGUUUUUGACUGUGAUACUUCUUUUCUGUAAUGACUGUCAGUGGCAACUUUUCACCACACACUGGAAAAGCUGCUCUGUAUUUUGUUGUUAUGAACUGAGAUUAAAACAAUGGUAUCCUUUGUCUUAUUAACACAA